GGCGGCGGCGGCGGCAGCAGCAGCGGUACCGCCUCCUCACCCGGCGGCGGCGGCGGCGGCGGCGGCAGCGGCAGCGGCAGCGGCGGCAGCGGCCCCUCCUCACCCGAACAUCAGGGCCCUCCAGACCCAGGCGCCCCAACAAAUUCCUAGAGGACCUGUGCAGCAGCCUCUCGAGGAUCGAAUCUUCACUCCUACUGUCUCGGCAGUGUACAGCACGGUAACACAAGUAGCAAGACAGCCGGGACCCCCAACCCCUUCCCCUUACUCAGCACAUGAAAUAAACAAGGGGCAUCCAAAUCUAGCGGCAACGCCCCCGGGACAUGCAUCGUCCCCUGGACUCUCUCAAACCCCUUAUCCCUCUGGACAGAAUGCAGGUCCAACCACGUUGGUAUACCCUCAAGCUCCUCAGACAAUGAAUUCACAACCUCAGACCCGUUCUCCGCCCAGCAGAACAGUGCCAAUACAUUGCACAGACAACUGGAAGAGGAGGAAGGUUUUGGAACAGACUCCCGUUUACAGGUCCUUGGCUGGAAGAGGCUGGAUAAAAUACUGCAUUUUUGCAGCGGGGCCUCGACCUGCCCAUCAUCAGGGAGGAUUCAGACCCAUCCAGUUUUUCCAGAGGCCUCAAAUACAGCCUCCUAGAGCUACCAUCCCGAACAGCAGUCCUUCCAUUCGUCCUGGUGCACAGACACCCACUGCAGUGUAUCAGGCCAAUCAGCACAUCAUGAUGGUUAACCACCUGCCCAUGCCGUACCCAGUGCCCCAGGGUCCUCAGUACUGUAUACCACAGUACCGUCAUAGUGGCCCUCCGUAUGUUGGGCCCCCACAGCAGUAUCCGGUUCAGCCACCAGGGCCAGGUCCUUUUUAUCCUGGACCGGGACCUGGGGACUUCCCCAGUGCUUAUGGAGCGCCUUUUUACCCAAGUCAGCCAGUGUAUCAGUCAGCACCUAUCAUAGUGCCUACGCAGCAGCAGCCCCCUCCAGCCAAGAGAGAGAAAAAAACAAUAAGAAUUCGAGAUCCAAACCAGGGAGGUAAAGACAUAACAGAGGAGAUUAUGUCUGGAGGUGGCAGCAGAAAUCCUACUCCACCCAUAGGGAGACCCACAUCCACACCUACUCCUCCUCAGUUUUUAUGUUCGCACGCUCAUUAUCACCCUUUUUUGUACUUCAAAUCCCAGCAGCUGCCCAGCCAGGUCCCUGAGCACAGCCCUGUGGUUUAUGGGACUGUGGAGAGCGCUCAUCUUGCUGCCAGCGCCCCUGUCACUGCAGCUAGCGACCAGAAGCAAGAAGAGAAGCCAAAACCAGAUCCAGUGUUAAAGACUCCUUCCCCAGUCCUUAGGCUAGCCCUUAGUGGAGAGAAGAAAGAACAAGCAGGCCAGACAUCUGAGGUUACUGCAGUAGAAGCCAUACCAGAGCUUACUCUGCCUCCAUCACCUACCACUAUUUCUCCACUUGCUCGAAGUACAGUUGCUUCCCCCACCUCUGCUGCUCUUAGUAGCCAGCCAGUAUUCACCACUGCUACUGAUGACAGAUGUGAACUCUCUUCCUCAAAAGAAGACACAGUUCCUAUACCCAGCCCCACAUCUUGCACAGAAGCAUCAGAUCCUUCACCAACAGAUGAAAUUGAUGAUGAUAUAUGCAAGGAAUCUUGUAGUGUAGCACCUAAUGAUAUUCCGCUGAUUUCUAGUACUAACCUAAUUAAUGAAAUGAAUGGAGUUAGUGAAAAAUUACCAGCCACGGAAAGCAUUGUGGAAAUAGUAAAACAGGAGGUGUUGCCAUUGACUCUUGAAUUGGAGAUUCUGGAAAAUCCCCCAGAAGAAAUGAAAGUGGAGAGUGUUGCAACUCCUAUCACCCCUUCCAUAGUUCCCUCCUUUUCUCCGUCUCCUCCAACUCCUCCAGCUUCUCCUCCUCCCACACCAGUCAUUGUUCCUGCUGCUGCCUCUAACGUUAGUACUGCUAGUGGUCCCACCGCAGUUCAGAGAGUCUUAGAAGAGGACGAGAGCGUAAGAACUUGCCUUAAUGAAGAUGCAAAAGAGAUUCAGAACAAAAUAGAGGUAGAAGCAGAUGGGCAAACAGAAGAGAUUAUGGAUUCUCAGAACUUAAGUUCAAGAAAGAGCCCAGUCCCAGCUCAGACAGCUAUAACUGCACCAAAGACGUGGAAGAAACCAAAAGAUCGGACCCGAACCAGUGAAGAGGUGUUAGAGGCAGAAUCGGAGCCUAAAGCAGAAGAGGAGCUUUCAGGUGACAAAGUACUUGAAUCUGAACAGGAUAAAAUGAGCCAAGGGUUUCAUCCUGAAAGAGACCCCUCUGACCUAAAAAAUGUGAAAACUGUGGAAGAAAAUGGAGAAGAAGCUGAGCCUGUACGUAAUGGUGCUGAGAGUGUUUCUGAGGGUGAAGGAAUAGAUGCUAAUUCAGGCUUCACUGAUAGUUCUGGUGAAGGGGUCACAUUCUCAUUUAAAUCAGAAUCCUGGAAGCCUGCUGAUACUGAAGGCAAGAAGCAGUAUGACAGGGAGUUUUUGCUGGAUAUCCAGUUCAUGCCAGCAUGUAUUCAGAAACCAGAGGGCCUGCCUCCCAUCAGUGAUGUGGUUCUUGACAAGAUCAACCAACCCAAAUUGCCAAUGAGAACUCUGGAUCCUCGGAUUUUACCUCGAGGACCAGACUUUACUCCAGCCUUUGCAGAUUUUGGAAGGCAAGCCCCUGGUGGAAGAGGUGUACCUUUGUUGAAUGUUGGACCACGGAGAUCUCAACCUGGACAGCGAAGAGAACCCAGAAAGAUCAUCACAGUCUCUGUAAAAGAAGACGUGCACCUGAAAAAGGCGGAGAACGCCUGGAAGCCCAGCCAGAAACGAGACAGCCAAGCUGAGGAUCCUGAAAACAUUAAAACCCAGGAACUUUUUAGAAAAGUUCGAAGUAUCUUAAAUAAAUUGACACCACAGAUGUUCAAUCAACUGAUGAAGCAAGUGUCAGGACUUACUGUUGACACAGAGGAGCGGCUGAAAGGAGUCAUUGACCUGGUCUUUGAGAAGGCUAUUGACGAACCCAGUUUCUCUGUGGCUUACGCAAACAUGUGUCGAUGUCUAGUAACGCUGAAAGUACCCAUGGCGGACAAGCCUGGUAACACAGUGAAUUUCCGGAAGCUACUACUGAACCGUUGCCAGAAGGAGUUUGAAAAAGAUAAAGCUGAUGAUGAUGUCUUUGAGAAGAAGCAGAAAGAACUCGAGGCUGCCAGCGCUCCGGAGGAGAGGACAAGGCUUCAUGAUGAACUAGAAGAAGCUAAGGAUAAAGCCCGGCGGAGAUCCAUUGGUAACAUCAAGUUCAUUGGAGAACUCUUUAAACUCAAAAUGCUGACUGAAGCCAUCAUGCAUGACUGUGUGGUGAAGCUGCUAAAGAACCAUGAUGAAGAAUCCCUCGAGUGCCUGUGCCGCCUACUCACCACAAUUGGCAAAGACCUGGACUUUGAGAAAGCGAAGCCACGUAUGGACCAGUAUUUUAAUCAGAUGGAGAAAAUUGUGAAAGAAAGAAAAACCUCAUCUAGGAUUCGAUUCAUGCUUCAGGAUGUGAUAGACCUAAGGCUGUGUAAUUGGGUAUCUCGAAGAGCAGAUCAAGGGCCUAAAACUAUUGAACAGAUUCACAAAGAAGCUAAAAUAGAAGAACAAGAAGAGCAGAGGAAGGUCCAGCAACUCAUGACCAAAGAGAAGAGAAGACCAGGUGUCCAGAGAGUGGACGAAGGUGGGUGGAAUACUGUUCAAGGGGCCAAGAAUAGUCGGGUACUGGACCCCUCAAAAUUCCUGAAAAUCACUAAGCCCACAAUUGAUGAGAAAAUUCAGCUGGUACCUAAAGCACAGCUGGGCAGUUGGGGAAAAGGCAGCAGUGGUGGAGCAAAGGCAAGUGAGACUGAUGCCUUAAGGUCAAGUGCUUCCAGUUUAAACAGAUUCUCUGCUUUGCAACCUCCAGCACCCUCAGGGUCUACAUCAUCCACGCCUUUAGAGUUUGAUUCCCGACGGACCUUAACUAGUCGCGGAAGCAUGGGCAGGGAGAAGAAUGAUAAGCCCCUUCCAUCUGCAACAGCUCGUCCAAACACUUUCAUGAGGGGCAGCAGCAGUAAAGACCUGUUAGACAAUCAGUCUCAAGAAGAGCAACGGAGAGAGAUGCUGGAGACUGUGAAGCAGCUUACAGGAGGCAUGGAUGUGGACAGGAACAGCACCGAGGCUGAGCGAAGCAGAAUCAGGGAGUCAGUAACGAAACCAGAAAUUCCAGCAACGUCAGCCCCUGACAAGCCUGCCUUGUCAGAGGAGGAGAUGGAGAGGAAGUCCAAAUCUAUCAUUGAUGAAUUUCUACACAUUAAUGAUUUUAAGGAAGCCAUGCAGUGUGUGGAAGAGCUGAAUGCCCAGGGCCUGCUAUAUGUGUUUGUGAGAAUGGGUGUGGAGUCCACCCUGGAAAGGAGCCAGAUCACCAGGGAUCACAUGGGCCAAUUACUGUAUCAGCUGGUGCAGUCAGAAAAACUCAGCAAACAGGACUUUUUCAAAGGUUUUUCAGAAACACUGGAAUUGGCAGAUGACAUGGCCAUUGAUAUUCCCCAUAUUUGGUUGUACCUUGCUGAACUGGUGACCCCCAUGUUAAAAGAAGGCGGAAUCUCCAUGAGAGAACUUAUCAUAGAAUUUAGCAAACCUUUACUUCCUGUUGGAAGAGCUGGAGUCUUGCUUUCUGAAAUAUUGCACCUUCUAUGCAAACAAAUGAGCCAUAAGAAAGUGGGAGCCUUAUGGAGGGAGGCUGACCUCAGCUGGAAGGAUUUUUUACCAGAAGGGGAAGAUGUACAUAAUUUUCUCUUGGAGCAGAAGUUGGACUUUAUAGAGUCUGAUGGUUCCUGUUCCUCUGAAGCACUUUCAAAGAAAGAACUCUCUGCCGAAGAGCUGUAUAAGCGACUCGAGAAACUCAUUAUUGAGGACAAAGCAAAUGAUGAACAGAUCUUUGACUGGGUAGAGGCUAACCUAGAUGAAAGCCAGAUGAGUUCACCUACAUUCCUUAGAGCUUUAAUGACAGCUGUUUGUAAAGCAGCUAUUAUAGCCGACUGUUCUACCUUCCGAGUAGACACUGCUGUUAUCAAGCAGAGAGUGCCGAUCUUAAUCAAGUACCUAGACUCAGAUACGGAGAAGGAACUGCAAGCACUUUAUGCACUACAAGCAUCAAUAGUAAAACUUGAUCAACCUGCCAAUUUGCUACGGAUGUUUUUCGAUUGCCUGUAUGACGAGGAGGUGAUCUCUGAGGAUGCCUUCUACAAAUGGGAAAGCAGCAAGGACCCCGCAGAGCAGAAUGGGAAGGGUGUGGCCCUGAAAUCCGUCACAGCAUUCUUCACAUGGCUGCGGGAAGCAGAAGAGGAGUCUGAGGAUAACUAAAACUUCAAAUACACAAAAUGAAACAAAAGAAACAAUUUAAGUAUUUUUAUAAAAAGUGUCACGUCUUCGCCAAUCACAGUGCAGCAAGGCCAAUUCUCGCAGAAACCCCCACGUGUGCACGAGUGGGAGAGGGGAAAGAGAAAGAAAGGUGAUCAUGGAGGAAAAAGGUACUGGAAAAAAGUAAACUUCAAACCUGAGGGCGGGAGCACUAAAACCAAAAUACAUGUAUUAUUUAUAGAAAGUAUUUUCUGUUUUAAUCUUUUCUUUUUAAACGAGGACUCAUACUUUAAAAAAAAAACAUCUGUUUAGCAAAAAAAAAAAAAGUUGAGAACUUUUAAUUUAUUUUAAGGACUGCAAAUGCCAGUGUAAUUUUUUAAUUUGCAGUUUCUGUAAACAACUUGUAUAAUAGAAAAGCAGAGAAAUAAAUUUCCCUCCCCUUCAGAUGCACCUCACGUUUGUUUUAAAGCAUAGUAUUUAGUCCAGAUUUAAGAAGGUUUGGGGUGAACAAGGUAAGAAAGAUUUUUUUUUUUUUUUUU